AUGGAAAACGCAAUCGGAACAGAACAUAAUCAUCCAACCAGCCGAGAGAUACGAAGGUUGUGUUUAACAAACACUGGAGGCAAUGAAGGCGAGUCAGAGUUUGGUGAAUUCCCUUGGAUGGUGGCCAUUCUGCGUGAUGAAGUAAUUUGGGGCGAGUUGUUCAACAUAUACGAAUGUGGUGAUUCUGUAAUUGCACCAAAUGUUGUCCUGACAGCUGCACAUUGUGCACGAAACGCUGAGCCACACUUAUUGGUAGCACGCGCCGGUGAGUGGGACGCACAAACCAAACAGGAGGUGUUGCCAUAUCAAGAUGCACGUGUCAAGGAGAUCAUUCGUCAUGAGAAAUACAACGACACACACAUCAACGACGUAGCGCUGCUAAUUUUGGAAACACCUUUAAAAUGGGAGGAAAAUGUGCGUCCAAUCUGUCUGCCCGAAUCGAACGUCAAUUUUGACCAUUCACGUUGCUAUAUCUCCGGUUGGGGCAAAGAUAAGUUAGGCGAAGAUGGAGCAUAUUCGCUGAUUUUGAAAAAAGUCGAUUUACCUGUGGUGCCACAUGAGACUUGUCAAGCAAAUCUAAGUAAAACACGUCUCGGACGAUUUUUCCAUUUUGAUCAGAGUUUAAUUUGUGCAGGUGGCGAAGAAGGCAAGGGUGCGUGUAAAGGUGAUGACGGCUCACCAUUAGUGUGCCCCGAUCCGAAGAACCCGAAACGUUACUAUCAAGCUGGUAUUGUGGCUUGGGGUAUUGGUUGUGGUGCUGCAAAUGUGCCAGGAGUCUAUGCAAGUGUGGCGUAUCUCCGCAAUUGGAUCAACGAAAAGUUUUCUGCACGAGGCAUUGAUUUUAAGCAUUUUACGGUUUAAGACAUUUUCUAUAUUAUCCGUUACGUUUGAAUAAAAUUAAAAUGAAAUUUCAUUUUUAUCUAUGAAAAGAAAAUAAUUUAAUCUUUUAGAGCCAAGUUUUGAAUUGGAGAGCAAUUGUGGGAUAACCCAUUCAUUGGUUCUUU